GUCCACACACAUUCUUGGCGCUUAUCAUUCCCAAACCCACCAAAAAGCGAACGUUAAGAAAGAAGCAAAAUUACUAUUACUACAGUACUACUUCACGAAGCAACUGUGAAAUUGAAGGAAAAAUAAAACGGUAAAAUGCAGAAGCAGAAGGAAGAACAACACUCGGACUCGUUUGUGUCACCAAGCUUCAGCAGCUACUCCGCCGAUCAAUUCGCAAGUAUCGCUGAAAAAGUUGGACGAGUCCACUACCUUGCUCAAAACGAUGACUCCGAUUUCGAGUUCGCCGCGUUUCGAAAAGCUGGCCACAAUAACGACCAUGACUUUUCUUUCAACGACACCGUUUUUCCGCUUUUCAACCGCGACCUUUUAAAGGAGCACCGGAGUACCGAGGCGGAGCUUCGGUUACCGAUAAGGAGGAUAUUGAUUGCCGCUGGCGAGGGUCUCCGGAAUGAGAGCCAUCAACCGCCGUCGCUAUCGUCAUCGUCGUCAUCAUCGGAUGAUGAUUUGGAGGGAAUUCCGCCGGGGACGUACUGUGUUUGGACUCCGAAUUCGCCGCAAGCUUCCCCGAGCAGGUGCAAGAAGAGCAAUUCGACAGGAUCAUCGCCGUCUUCGAAGCGGUGGAAGCUUCUGAAUUUUCUCCGGCGUAGCAACAGCGACGGAAAGGAGCCUUCGAUGUUCCUGGCUGCGCCGGCGAAGAAGGAUAAGGCGACCGUGGCGGCGCAGGAGGAUUUGUACUUGAAAAGAUUGGAUAAGAGAAGGUCGUAUUUGCCGUAUAAGGAAGAGUUGAUUGCCAUCCGUACAAGCCGCUUGGGGAAGGCGUUCCUCCCUUCCGCCCAUGUUCGCGUUGGUCAAUGAUUCUUCAUUUCUUUGCCUUUCGGAAAUGGGUCUCACUUCAGUGGAUCGGUUCACUACACCUAAUUAGGAUACAGUAGCUUCAAAUUAUUUGAUUAAGUUAGACCAUAUUUAGUGGGAUUCUUUUAAUUUUUCCUUAAUUUUCAACUUUAUUUUUUCUUAUUUUUACUAUAAAAAAAUUAAAAACAGUUUUGUUUCUUUUACCAUGCCUGCUGUGAAAUGAAUAUUAAUUUGAUGUCA